AAGACCAUCUAUGAGUCUUUCGCAGGAUGACCGGAAUACUGUGUGUUCGACUCGAAGUUUCCAGAUGAAGCCGUUCAUCGUCUCUUCAUGCUUUAACAACAUAUCUGCCCUUUCUUUAUAAGAGAUUAGUCCCUGAACUAGGAGAGGCCAUGCUCCUAAUAACACUCCGAUCACUUCGAAUCCAGACAUGGUUUUUGACAGAAUAAGUUAAUUGUUGAAAGCCUUAAAUUUGGUAAGGUAUUGGGAUCCACCUCGCCACGCUUUUCCAGCUCUCUUCAGCCUCGAGCGGGGUAACUCACUUGUAUCACGUGGGCUUACCCGGCUCGGAGUGACGUUAAGUAUUCUAUCUUAUCUUUAAAUCCCUCUCCAGUCUUCCAAACUUGCUUUGGGCACUGUCGGCCUGUCUAAGCCUUGAAAACACCUUCUCUAUCCUCCUCACAGUAACUUGCUUCUGUCAAAGCAAUGACUUCAUCAAUAUUUGAUGACUGCGAGCGUUGCCUACUCUCUUUCGAACAACUGCUUAGCCUUAUGCAGGAGCCGUUGCGCGAUUAUGGCGACCAGCUACCACGCACAGGAAUCAUCGACGAAUUCGACCGUUUCAAGGUAUGGACAGGAAGCCUGGGGGCGGAUCGUCCACCUCACAAGCGUAAUUCUCUUGAUUUUCGCUUGAGGGAUUCCAAAUUCUACCGAGACCAGGUUUCUGCAUUUCUAAGUGACCUCAGUUCCACAAUACAAAAAGCUAUUCAGUUGCUCCGCAACGAGAGAUUGCCAAACGAGGAACGACCCUUUUCAUUGGAGUCAGAUCUUGACUCGGGAUUAAUGGAGAUCGCCUCAACAUCUCCAGACCCAAUGGAAAUCGACUCAACAUCUUCGGACUCAACAGGUACAGAAAAACAGGAAGAGUUGGAAGCCGUGGCUCUUGCCAACCUCCGAGCAGUUGUUGGUAACCAUAGGAGCCCGCAGCCAUUCCACAAGCAGCCACAUGAUGCUGGAACAGCCGAUGAGGGAGCUAGCGAUGCUCCUAGCCGCGAGAUGGUGCAACUGUACCAGGGCAUUCAGGAGCUUACGAAGCAUCUAUACAGACUGUCGAUGAUAAUCCACCGUCCCAUUCCUGUGGAUCGAGUGGUUGUAUCAUCAAAGAUCCCUGUGGACCAUUUCGAGUUUUUUGAUUUGCAACAUGUCAAUGACUGCUUCCCUAAUGCGGACGAAAAAUUGAAAUGUCGCCUAGCAAAAGCUAUUACGCGCCGCCGGCAACUUUUGGCGUACAACAAGCAGCGUCAUGGGGAACGAGUUGAAAUUAUGGAGCAGCAAAGAACCGCUGCACAUAUGGGUGACCGAACACCCCAUCCCUAUAUGGCAAGAACUUCGAUCAUCGAUGAAUCCAAAUUGCCAGAUAUGGCCAUGAAACCUACACUUACUGCUGUAGAAAAGACUACUUUGCGGCCUGUCAUUACAGAUGCGAACGUUGAUAUCCUGUCUGAGGAUGAGUCAGUAGCUUCCGCCACCACUUCCAAGAGCCUACGAGACCGAUUUAGUCUACUUCGACGGCCUCUGGAUCCGAAUGGGAAAGAAAUGAAGCGGUUUUAUUGUCCCUAUUGUUUCCACGCCAUUGAAGCUAGAAACAACCGAAUUUGGAGAAAGCAUAUUUUCAAAGACCUCCAAGCUUACGUUUGUACGUUCAAAAAUUGCGAGCAAGCGGAUCGCAUGUUUGAAACCAAGAACGAGUGGUACAAACAUGAGCUCGAUUUCCAUUGGAAGGAGUGGCACUGCAACAACGAAAAACACCCCGUGUACCAAACAAGGAACGAAUUCGAAACCCAUAUACGAUGUGACCAUGCUCAGGAAGCAGACAAAGGCCACUUACCUUUGCUAGUCGACAUAUGUGCACGGCCUGUUUUGUCUGGUGAGGUGGCGUGCCCUCUGUGUGCAGAGAAUCAGCAUGAAAACCCUAAACGGUUCAUGCGCCAUAGAAAAACUGUGCAUUUUAAGACUUCUGACCUGUCCCCGUCACCCCCCACAGAGUUCCUGGAAACUCAAUUCUGGGACGAGGAAAAUCAAAAGGACGCUAAUUUGCCGCCUACGGCCGAAAACUAUUCGUUUGGGUUCUCCCAGGAAACUUCACCUUGGGACAAAGGAAAGCAAAAGGACGCCAAUUUGCCAUCUAUGGAAAUAAAGCUGUUCGAUGCGGCACAAGCAGUCUCUCAGAUCAACAUUACCAAUUGGAUGGCGUCUCUACCUCAUGUAUACCAGCUUCCCCCAGAAGCGAGGGAACGCUCACCACCUUCCACACCUAUCUCUUCACUGCAACCACACAAAAUGUUCCUCAUCGAAGCUUCCAAAAUGAAGCAUCAUCUUGCCGAACAUAUGGAGAGACUUGCUUUAUUUGCAAUUCUUCCAUCGAAGGAAAGUGACAAGGAUGCGACUGUGAGCAUAUCAAAUGCGUCGAACCGGGCCUUUCCCAGAGAAAGCUUGGUUGAUUCUGAAUUUCGCACUGAAGCCGGAUUUGAUGAAGUCGCGUUUGGCGAAUUGGGCUUUGCUAAUAGUUCUUCCUGGACCACGAUCGAAAGUACAUGGGCCGCCGGCCUAGAAACGCAAAGAAGGCUUCCCCCUUUCGACACUGCUAGUCUCUCCUUCGACCCUUCCAGUCUCCCCUCUUUCAACACUGCCAAUCUCCCCCCCGAGCUAAAGACAUGUCAUCAAUGUGGACAGAGCUUUUCCAAUAUUGCGUCGCUUGGCAAUCAUGCAGCCAGCACUGGCCAUGCAGCCUUUGUAUGCUCCGAGAAUGGCUGUGAGUUGAGCUUCUCGAGGUUCGACGUCCUAAGAAGGCAUCAAAAGUCUCACCUAUCCGGUACAGCCCGUUUCCCCUGCAAGUACUGCAAAAAGCACCGGGGCGCAGAUAGCUUCAAGCGUGAAGAGCACCUAAUGCAACAUCUACGCAACUACCAUCAUACGGGUAUGGAUGAAUCAAGUGGUAUUCGACGUUCAUGCCCGCAUAAAGACUGUUCCGAAUCAAGGCCUAAUAUUCCUGAUAACGAUACCUCAGACAAUAAACACGCUUUUCAAAAAUUCUCGGACUAUAUAUCGCACAUGAGAAAAGUCCAUAACGAGUCUGAUUUUCCCUGUACGGAGCAUGGAUGUGAUCAUGUUGGACCAAAGGGCUAUUUCCGCAAAAGAGAUCUUCUUAAGCACAAAGCUAAAGAGCACGGCAUCCCCAUCGAUUGAAGAUACCACUCGCGGAAGACAUUCCUUAAUCUCCCGGUGGUAGAAGGUACGCGGUUGCAUAUUGAAGGAAAACCGGCUUUCUGUUCCUUUUCUUGUCGUUUCCUUCUUUUCAGUAAUGAAAGGCCUGCCAAGAGUUGGACUGGCAGUAUGGGAGGGCGACAAUGUCAGGAGCUUGCUGAGAGAUCUCCAUGCAGGGGGUCGGCGAGAUAUAAAGUUCAUCCGAGGAUACACAAAAGUCAAGAAUAUUCAGGACACAAGC